GGGUUUUAAAGACAAAAGGCCGUGCCGGCGGCUGCUUGACACUGAACAACGGGGCGGGAGAGCGAACCGGACCCUUCCCCCGUGCUGCUCUCCUCCCGCUCUGUUCCCACAGGGGCUCGCCACUCCCGCGAGCAUCAGCCAUGUGUCUGCUCAAGUGCGAUUAACACCGACUUGCGAAACCCCCCUCCCUCCCUCCCUACACUCCCCCCCGGGCCAUUUGGAGCAUGCACGUGCCCGCGCCCCGUGUUUACACAGCGGCGCCUUCGAGCGGAGCCUUUUUGUGGAUGGCGCUGGCAAAUGAGCUGGGGGAGGUGGGCUCCGCCGCCGGCUAUAAAACCCUCCAGGCCAGGAGCGAACAGGGCCAGGCGAGCAGCCAUGCACGGGCAGAGGAUGGGCGCUGGCUGCGGGACGGGGUGCGCCUGUAUCUGCCCAUCCCCAGCAGCGCUGUCCCCACAGGGAUGCUCGCCUCUUGCAGCCUCGGCCCUCUGCAGGGCGCGGACUAGCUCAGCCCUAACGAUCCUACCCUUGUCCCGCAGCUCUACGCCUUUCUGGAGGCCUUGGGUGGCCGCGCCGGGCGAGGCGGUAAGACGGAGCGGUACCGACACCGAUUCCGCCGCGCCACACCGCCUCUGCGGGCUGGCGGAAGCCUCCCGAAAGCUGGCGCAGUACACGCAUCCCGUCAGACUAUUUUGGCCCAAAUCAAGGUGCUACGAUUACUUAUAUCAGGAAGCCGAAGCACUUCUGAAAAACUUUCCAGUUCAAGCUACAAUUUCUUUUUAUGAAGACUCAGAUAGUGAAGAUGAUGAACAGGAGCAAGAUUCAAGAACAGCAUCAGAUUGCUGACUUCAGGAAAGGCCAACAGAACUUCUAAGACUUAAUUUAAACCUAAUAUAAAAAUGUAUUAUAGUAUUUUUAAAGAUAAUUUAUUUGUAAGUUAUUCUUAAUAAAACUGAAAUGUCUUGUAAUUUUA